ACGUGGUCCAGUGUGUGUUUGUGGCCAUCAGGACGAUCGGAAACAUCAUGAUUGUCACGACGCUGCUGCAGUUCAUGUUCGCGUGCAUCGGAGUCCAACUCUUCAAGGGUAAAUUCUACCGCUGCACCGACGAAGCCAAACACACUCCGGAUCAGUGCAAAGGGACCUUCGUGGUGUAUAAAGAUGGAGACGUGAACCACCCGAUGGUGCGGGAGAGGAUCUGGCAGAACAGCGACUUCAACUUCGACAACGUGCUGAGCGGCAUGAUGGCGCUCUUCACCGUCUCCACCUUCGAGGGCUGGCCCGCGCUGCUGUACAAGGCCAUCGACGCUAACGGGGAGAACUCCGGUCCCAUCUACAACUACCGGGUGGAGAUCUCCAUCUUCUUCAUCGUCUACAUCAUCAUCAUCGCCUUCUUCAUGAUGAACAUCUUCGUGGGCUUCGUCAUCAUCACCUUCAGGGAGCAGGGGGAGCAGGAGUACAAGAACUGCGAGCUGGACAAGAACCAGCGUCAGUGUGUGGAGUACGCUCUGAAGGCUCAGCCACUGAAGCUCUACAUCCCAAAGAAUCCGGUGCAGUAUAAGUUCUGGUCCAUCAUCAACUCCACAGGGUUCGAGUACGUCAUGUUUGUCCUCAUCCUGCUCAACACUGUCACGCUGGCUAUCCAGCACUAUGAACAGUCGAAGACCUUCAGCCACAUCAUGGACAUCCUCAACAUGGUCUUCACUGGACUCUUCACCGCGGAGAUGCUGCUGAAGCUGCUCGCUCUCCGACUCAGGCAUUACUUCGUGGACGCCUGGAACUCGUUUGACGCUCUGAUCGUGGUCGGCAGCGUCGUGGACAUCGUGGUCACCGAGUUCAGCGUGAGUACUCACAG